AUGCCGGUGGACAUCAGCUUCACUGAUAGACUGGGCAAUAUUGUGUCUCUGACGAAUGUCUUUAUUUCAGCAGGGGAUGAUGGAGACGCAGCUCGUAACAAGGCAAGGGAGCUAGAAAGUGGGAUUCUGGAGUCUGCUUCUUCUCCGGAAGAGUACCACCGACAGCUGCAAGAAGCCUUACAAGCCUCACAUACACAGGAUGUAGCGCCGUUGGACGAACUAGACCCACCACAAGAGCCCGAGAUAUUGAACCAUGAAGGUCCCAGCUUUGGAGCCUACGAAUUCGCAACUUACCACACAGACGGGCAAACGUCGUCCAUUUUCAAAGCGCAGACAAAGGACAACAACGCCCCUGUUCGAAUCGUGGCCCUCAAAGUUACUCAUCCAGCAAUGAUGGCUCCACCACAUAACUCAGAACGAGAAGCCCGGCUACUUAUCAAGGCGCGCCAUGAGAACGUGGUGCCUCUUCUAGACACCCUUCACGAAUCAGGAGGAAAAUUCAUCCUGGUCUUCCCUUUUCUCAGGCAGGAUCUGGAAAAUCUGCUCAGAUCCGGCAGAUUGGACAAGAAGCAGGCAGGUAUGGUGUUUGACGGACUCUUCCAAGCCUUGGAACAUAUUCACGCACAAGACAUAAUUCAUAGAGACAUCAAGCCAUCCAACAUCCUGCUAAAGUCGAUGACCGGACCAGUCUACCUGAUAGAUUUCGGCAUCGCAUGGUCUCCAGACGACAAGGACUCGGAGCCUGUGGAUUCCAAGAUCACUGAUGUCGGUACAACUUGCUAUCGCCCACCAGAGAUUCUUUUUGGAGAUCGCUCAUACGACACGUCGUUGGACAUGUGGGCAGCGGGCUGUGUUGUCGCAGAGAUUGUGAAGGACGGCCACUAUCCAAUGUUUGAUGCUGGUGCCUUGGGAAGCGAGCUCAGUCUGAUCAGGUCCAUAUUCACAACAUUGGGAACGCCGGAUGCGGACAUUUGGCCCUCUGCAGAAGCAUGUCGUGACUGGGGCAAGAUGCGAUUCCAGAAGUACCCUGCCAAACCGUGGAAUGACAUUCUCCCUGGAGCUCCGGUGUCUGCUGUUGACUUUGUCUCCAGGACUGUUUGCUAUGAAAAGACAAGGAGGUUGACAGCGAAAGAAGCCCUGCGGCAUGACUUAAAGUCUAUCAUCGGGAGAUGA